AUGGCUUCCAACAAUGAGUAUCAAACUCCAUUCAACUCGCGAUACUGUACCGAGGAGAUGAAGCAGCUCUUCUCCCCUCGGAACCGCUUCUCAACAUGGAGACGACUCUGGCUUUGGCUAGCGGAAGCAGAGAAAGAGCUUGGGCUAGCAGGCAUUUCAGAUCAGGCCUUGGCCGAAAUGCAAUCUCAUAUAAUUAUCAGAGACGAAGAAUUCGCGCUGAUAGAGGUGGAAGAGAAAAGGAGGCGACACGACGUGAUGGCCCACGUUCAUGGCUUCGGCUUGGCCGCGCCCAGUGCUGCAGGCAUCAUUCAUCUGGGAGCCACAUCUUGGUCCGCCUUGCAUUCUAUGAACAUUGAACGGAUCCUAACCAAAGACAGCUACGUAACAGACAACGCCGAUCUCAUUUUCCUGAGAGAUGGACUCGACCUUCUCUUACCAAAGCUUGCCACAGUAAUAAAGAAGCUGUCAGACUUCGCCCGCAAAUAUCGAGACCAAGCAUGCCUUGGAUACACCCACGGCCAGCCGGCAGCAUUGACCACCGUGGGAAAGAGAACAUGUCUCUGGAUUCAAGAUCUUUUAAUGGAUUUAAGGAACAUUGAGCGUUCUAGAUUAGAUCUUCGCUUCCGAGGCGUCAAAGGGGCUACUGGCACGCAAGGCACUUUCCUUUCUCUGUUCAGAGGAGACCAUUCUAAAGUAGAGGAGCUCGACGAGCUUGUUACGAAGAAGGCGGGUUUCGAAUCAGUCUUCACCAUCAGCUCUCAGACGUACUCUCGCAAGAUCGAUCUCGACGUCUGCAACUCUCUUGGCUCGUUCGGCGCGACAUGCGAGCGCAUUUUCACAGACAUCCGCCAUUCCGCAAUGAUGAAAGAAAUCGAAGAACCGUUCGAAACAGAUCAAAUCGGAAGUUCCGCAAUGGCGUUCAAAAGAAAUCCCAUGCGCUCCGAGCGAGGAUGCGCGCUCGGACGGAAGCUGCAGAACCUGCCAAUGGACGCUAUGGCUACGUAUGCUCAUCAGUGGUUCGAACGAACGCUAGAUGAUAGUGCAAUCCGAAGAAUUAGCAUUCCGGAAUCAUUCCUUUGCGCUGAUGCGUUAAUGCUACUUUUGGACAAUGUAAUGUCCGGUCUUGUCGUGUACCCAGCCGUCAUCGACAGGCGAAUAGCCCAAGAACUUCCCUUCAUGGCUACCGAAAACAUCAUCAUGGCCCUCUCCGAAGUCGGCGUCUCCCGGCAAGAAGCCCACGAAGAAAUCCGCGUCCUCUCCCACCAAGCUGCCGCGGCCGUCAAAAUGGAAGGCAAGGACAACGACCUACUCGACCGUAUCCGAAAACAAGAGUUCUUCAAGCCGAUCAUUGGACAGCUGGAUCAAUUGCUUGAACCCAAGAGUUUCUAUGGUAGGGCACCGCAGCAAGUGGAUAAAUUCACAGGGCCUGGUGGUGAAGUUGAGAGCGCGUUGGCGAAGUACGAGGAUGUGAUUCGGAAAGGGGGAAGGGUGGAUUUGAAUGUUUAG